GUUAAUGUGGCCAAAGGCUGCACUGGGUCGCGCUGUCAGGCUCUGUUUGUUUACGCACACUGCAGUGUUGUGGGUUUAUGGAUUCACUGAGAGAGGACAAUGUACAUCUCUGUAGUGCUGCUGGUCCUGACUAAAGUUCUUCUCAUAGAAGUAUGUCAUGCCUUGAACGUGACGGUGAUCCCCGGACCUGUCGUCUCUGCAACGGAGAGGGACAACCUGACCCUGUCCUGCCUGGUCUCCCAGAGAAAGACAAGCACCAGCACUCUGGUCCUCCGCUGGUUCUUCUCCCCUCAGACCUCCCAUAGCCCCGUGCAUCUCUUACCUCCUCCGUCUCCUUCUCCCACCACUGCUCCUGAGUCCUCCCAGGUCCUCAUCGUCAAGAUGGGCAUCAAGAAAAUCAAGCUAUACGGGAACUACACGCGUGGCUUUUCCCAGCCAAAGUUUCGUCUUUACGAGCAAAUUGAAGGAGAAGCGUACCGUUUGGUGAUUCUCAACGUGAGCGGGACAGACCGGGGCUUUUAUACGUGUCGAGUGCAUGAGAUAAGAAAGUACAGGAACAUAUGGAGGGCAUCCUCCAAUGGCAGCAGCACCACACAGCUGACAGUGCAUUUUACACUAGAGGCUCGUAGAGGCGAAGGAAUUUGGCGUCUGUUAUCAGACGUGAAUGUGUGUGCCGUGCUGAUCUGCUCGUUGGGCUUGCUCUCCAUCUUCCUCUUCACUCUCACACUGACCAUCCAGUAUUUCUACAGAAGACAUAGGCUCAAAGCAAGUUAUCUUCUAGUCAAGUGUCCAGAGAGCAGCUCCGGAGAAACGGUAACCAGCACCAGCAGUUCUUCAAGUUCCUCUCCAAGACCACAGAAUAAAUACACAAAGCAUCAAAGUGAUGUAAAAGUGGCAUUAAAACCCCCAAAAUUGCCUGAGGAUCCACCACCACAAACACCGGAGAAAGUGCCUGUGGCUUCAAAAAGACCCCAGAAGCCCAAAAGGUCAAAGGCUCCAAGGCGGUCUCAGCCUCGAGCACAUCAGGAGGAGAGUCUGACCUACGCGGAACUGGAAUUGGUCCGACCGACCGUCGAACCCCCGGCCUCGACCUGUCCCGACCUCGAGCCCUCAAACCCAGACACGGUGUAUGCUCAGAUCCUCUUCCAGGAGAAACAGCUGUAAACACAGCAGCCAGAUCUGGAUGCAUGGAUGUCCCGCUGCCUCCCGGAGAGGACGAGCUGAAUGGGUUCCACAGUAUUUAUAAACAUGCAGCCUGACCAAUAUCAUUUGUUUUUGCCGAUUUUGUCUUUGCGUGCCUUGGAGUUCCAGGUUCAAGUUGAACACAGACCAUUUUUAAGGGUCUUAUGCUAUUGUUUGCUUUGUGUGCAUCUGUGGUCUGUGAGCCAGAUGUUCACAAGAAUGCUCUGUUAUUGCUGAGUGGAUGCUCAAGGGAGAAAUCAUUGUCAGUGCUCCUUUUCUUCCAUGACACUGCAAGCCUCAGCUUUUUCCAUUCAUCUGUAGUUUACAGUGGGGAGAACCCUUAAAUAAAUACAUACAUAUACUGUAAGCCCAUGUAAAAUAUGUUUCCUAUAUAAAUUUGAAAAAUGAUCAAGUGACUUUUUUGUCACACUGAAUACGCAUCCAUUUUCUUUGUGUAAACUAUAUGUUACUCCUUUGGGGUUCAGAGGGCUUACAAGUUAUAGGUUACGAAAGAGUUCUGUGGCGAUGUGAGCCGGAUUUUCGCGGAAGUCGGAAUUAACCAUUUAAGUACCCCUAAAUAUCCCCUACAUCUCCAAAUAACUAUCAAAAACAUGUAUUAUACGUAAAAUAAAGUAAAAAACAAGAUAUUGUACUUAACGUGAAUGCUGAUAGAUGGCCCUUUCAGAGAUACGCUGAACUCCAGUUAAGUCCCGGGAUUUAAAUGGGUAGCCCUUAUGUCUGAAAGCAAUUUUCCGGGUCGACUGACACGGACAUUAACCAGGUCGCGUCCUAGUAUAGUGUCCGGGACUUAACCGGAACGCGGGAUGUAGGAAAGCAGCUGAUUAAUUUCCGGGUAACAGCUCACAGGCUGAUGACGUACAGUAUAUAUCAUGGCGAGCUGAUCGUCAUUUCCUCUUUCAUCGCAAUAAGACGAAAAGCGGUAAACAAACGUUGCAAUUAUUAACAUAGCAAACUGGAAAUAACAAAAAUUAAACUGGAAACCAUAGACUUCAGAAUGAUAUUUACUGGCGCGGGGCCGAUUAAAAGGGGGCCUGCAUUGUUGGCGUGGCUGUCAAAGCUGACCGAGUGCAAUCACAGACAAAGAGGUUUUUCUCGUUGAAAAUUCUUAUGAAUAAAUGUAAAGGGGGUCGAAGUCUCUACACAAUCGAGAAUCGUAGAUGAGAGGAGGCGGCCACUCCUGCCUUCUCGGUGGACAGAGAGCAUUGUCAUCCACAAAAUGCGAGCCACCUCCUUAUUAAAGCGUGUGCCAUGAUCCCAGUAUUUGACAUAAUACAAAACACCUAGCUUAUUCACUUCCUCGUCUGUCCAAUGGUCGCUCCAUUUUCAUACUUUUUUUUGCCCAUUCAUCGCAGGGAAGAGGAUCUUUCUGAAAUCCAGAAAGGCUCACCCCACUCUCCCUGGUGGUGUAGCAACAGAAGCCUGCAUCACAUUGGGCUGGGGUGACUUGAAUAAUAAACGAAUUAAUCUGCAAAAUCAGCAGGAUCCGCAGUCCUUUUGCAUACAACAGUAAUGCUGUAUAGUGAAGAUGAUGUAUCCCAUUAACGUCACAUCCGCCUUCUUCCUCAAUCCGAGGUCUCUCAUUUUUGUAGCACGGGAUUUAAAAAAAAUUAAUAAAUAUAUCGAUCACUUCUGCACACAUCCAAGUGGUCCAUUUUAUUCAAGAACAUAAAUACAGUGUGUAAUAUGAAAUAAACAUGCUUUAUUUGUGUCACAGAAAAAAAAUCUUAAAUAACCAUUUUAUGUGAAUUAAAAUCAUAUUUUGAGACGUUUCGACUAUGUGCAACAAUUUGGCAAAGUGCAGAUAACGAGAAAUGAGUCUUUUAAUAUGCCGUCUAGCCCCGCUUGUCAUUGUAGCGCUCUAGCGUCUUCAUCUGGGUGAUGACGUCGGCAGAGUAACAAUUUCAGCUGAUUUAGAAUUCAGCCCAUUUAGGGGAAGGAUUCAAAAUGAAAAAAUGUGACAGAGAGCAUCUAAAUGUCAUCAUUGUUUUAAUCUCUUUACUCAAAUAUUAAAAUAAUAAUAAAAUAAUAAUAAUAAUAAUAAAAGGAUAUUUUUUUCUAAGUAUUUUUCCCCAAUUGCUAAAUAAAUUGUAUGGUCAUGACAUAUAACAGUCUUGUGCUAAAUGGGAUUUGAAAUAUUAAAAAUGCAUUUACUCAGUUCGACAGGGCUAAAUUACUGCAUAAUGGUCAAAACUGCCUACUUCUUGAACCUCCUGAACAGUAUUUUAUGCCAACAGAGUUGGUCCGGCUUUUUCAAUUCCUUUGGAGACAAAGGAAAGAGCGUAAUUAAAACAGGAGGCCCUACAAUUGACGGUGACAGACAUCGAUCCAUCAUUCGAGCAAAGACAGCCCUAUCCUGUCCAAAUGGAGUGGAUGUCCAUUGCCAUCGAUGGCAGCCAAUGAGUUAAAAUGAGUAUGUGGACCAUUCUAAGGUUGACAAUGUGUCAAAACGAUUAACUCAUUUGCUCCCAAAAACUUAUAAAUACGUUCUAUUUUUAAUUGUUUCAGUGUCCCAAAAACGUAUUUAUACGUCUUUUACGUUUUUUUUUUUUUUUUUUUACAAGAGGCAUCUUUAGGUUCUGUUGCACCUAAACUGCAAUGCACAAUAUUCAAAACUCAUUUUAAAGCAAUAAAACUUGCCACUGGAGGGCAGUAGCGCAUUUUGUAAGAACACAUCCCGGGCCAAGAAAGGAAGUCAAGAAAAAUAGUCAGGAAAUGGAAGUAGGAGGGAUCCUGUAUAGACGCGUGAGAAUUUGAGAAAAAUGUGGAGAACAAUCGGGGGAAAAAAGGCAAACGACACUGGAGGAGUGUUUUGAAAAGGAAAGGAAACUAUCGUCAAAAAAGGAUCCAAAAUAAUUAUAUCUUGAUGGGGCAAACGGUGACGGCCACAAAAGUGUCAGGUUCCACACGCGUUUUUGCGGAGCUCUCGUUGUGUUACUCCUGAGCUGAGGUUGAAACCAACGAUGAAGAUGAUGAAAAAAGUGAGACCGAUCUUGAUCCGGACUCAUCAGAUUACUGGGAGCCACCUCCUUCAACCGGGAGCAGCCUAGAGUCUUCCUCGUUGUUAUGUGUGCAAAUAGUUCAAUAGUUCAGUAGUUUAGUUAGGUGUAAAUAAAUUGCUACUUUGCGGUCAAAUGCUCUAUAUGUCUUGUUGUUUAUGUUAUUUUGUAAAAGGAAAACACUAUUCAGAUGUUUGGGAUGUCAAAAAAGCAAUAAAUAGCUGUUUUAAAGUCAAAGUUUUGUUUGAAAUGUAUGCUUUCACAAAAAGCUCAAUUUCUCUGUUUUUUCAUCAGAAAUUGGAAAAUUGCUCAAACCAAGCUAUUUUCUAAUGCUGAUUUCUAAAGAAUGGAAAAAGAUAGAAACUAACUUUUUUUUCUGCUGAAAGAAAAGAGUCUAAUCUUUCUUUUGGUGGGUUCCAUGUUUAUAUAGCAAUAGAACAGAAUUUUCUGAGGGCCUUGCAAAAUCAGUCAAAAUCCAGUAAAA